AUGAAUUUCAGUGCGGAUAAUGUCAGGGAGCUGAGACACCGGCUGGAAGAUGCUGCGAUCAAGUGCUCUGAGCGAUGCCUAUACCACUCUGCAAAAUGGGCGGCAGAAAUGCUAGACUCGUUGAUUCCGAUAGACGAGGAUGAAGGUGCAGAUACAGAACCGAAUUCGCCUAUGGAUGUUUCGCCUGCCCUACCAACCAAUCCGUUCCUUGGACCUCAAGACCCGGAAGAAGCUGCUUUGGAAGCAAAAGAAGCUUACAAGUACAUUCUCGCAAAAUCCUACUUUGAUACUCGGGAAUAUGACCGUUGUGCUGCCGUUUUCCUUCCCCCGUCUAUGUCCUCAAUUCCACUAGCUCCGCGGGCUCCAUCAACAUCUAAAUCUAAGACACCUCUACAUUCGCAAAAGGGCAAAGAACCGACGACAUUAUUUGGCAGUAAAAAGAACAGCAGCUCCUCCUCAUCGCAAAAUCCCUUUCCAGUUCUAAGUCAGAAAUCCUUAUUUCUCGCACUAUAUGCGAAGUAUUUAGCUGGUGAGAAAAGAAAAGACGAGGAGACGGAAAUGGUGCUUGGGCCAGCGGAUGGGGGUAUGACCGUGAAUAAGGAACUGCCAGGACUUGCUCAAGGACUCGAGGGCUGGUUUUCUGACCGGCAAGAAAAGGGCCUUGAAAAUACAGGGCAGGGAUGGCUCGAAUAUCUCUAUGGAGUUGUGCUUUUGAAAGCGAAAAACGAGGAAGAGGCAAAGAAAUGGUUGAUACGGAGUGUACAUCUUUACCCAUUUCACUGGGGUGCAUGGCAGGAGUUAAACGACCUGUUAGCCAGUACAGAUGACCUCAAAAGAGUAGUGGACGAAUUACCCCAAAACAUUAUGACUCUAGUGUUCCAUCUAUAUUCCAGCCAAGAACUCUAUCAAGCAACAGAUCAUACACACCAGAUCCUUUCCGAGCUUGAAAGCGUCUUUCCGUCAAGUUCAUUCUUGAAGACCCAACGAGCAUUGCUCUAUUAUCACUCAAAAGAUUUUGAAGAAGCUUCCCACCUGUUCUCCGAACUAUUAAUUAAUUCUCCUCACCGUCUAGAUUGCCUAGAUCAUUAUUCAAACAUCUUAUAUGUCAUGGGUGCCCGUCCACAGCUUGCAUUCAUUGCCCAGCUAGCAACAGCAACAGACAAAUUUCGCCCAGAGACCUGCUGUGUUGUGGGCAACUAUUAUUCUUUAAAAUCAGAACACGAGAAAGCAGUGAUGUAUUUUCGACGCGCGCUAACAUUAGACAGGAACUUUUUAUCAGCAUGGACUCUCAUGGGCCAUGAAUACAUUGAAAUGAAAAAUACACAUGCUGCAAUUGAGUCUUACCGACGAGCUGUGGACGUCAACCGCAAGGACUACCGCGCAUGGUAUGGUCUCGGUCAAGCUUAUGAAGUACUGGAUAUGUCUUUCUAUGCGCUUUUCUAUUACCAGCGUGCCGCGGCCCUACGGCCAUACGAUCCGAAGAUGUGGCAGGCUGUCGGAUCCUGCUAUUCCAAAAUGGGCCGCCUCGAACAAGGUAUCCGGGCACUUAAACGUGCUCUGGCUGCAGGGUCUUACUCUGAUGGUGGAGGGAUGGGUCUCAACUCAUUUUCCGCCGCAGGGGGCGCUGGCGGUUUCAAUUCGAAAGGAGCUGGAAAUCCCCCAAAAGUACUUGAUCCUGAGACACUUUAUCAGAUUGCAACUCUACAUGAAAAGUUAGGGGAGAUGGACGAAGCGCGUGCAUAUAUGGAGCUUACACUGCGACAGGAGGUAAUAUUACUGGAGGACGAUUCCGAUUACGAACCUGAGGAAAAAGACGAUUAUGGAGGGCAUGCCUCCUCAGUGACUGAUCAGUACACUGAGAUAGGAGGUACAGGGGUGACAGCAACUACCUCUAAGGCUCGUUUAUGGCUUGCGAGAUACUAUUACAAGCACAAUAACCUCGAUCGGUCUGGCCAAAUGGCCAGUGAGUUACGUCAACAUGGAGUUGAAGUUGAGGAGGCGCAGGCGUUGAUGAGGGAUAUCAAAUCGAGAAGGGCAAUCCUCGAUGCACAAUAG